GCGGUGCAGUGACAGUGCGUGCUCCAGCUGUAGCAGGGAAAGCAGAUGGAUACACGUUAACGCUGACGUUAAUACACGAGUAAUACUGCUGUUUAAGGACUAACGGGAACGUCUGUCGAUCAGCUGAACCGGGAUGGCCGCCCUAAGCAGUGUUAACCUGAAGACUUUGGAGGACUUGACGUUGGAUUCGGGAUACGGCGCGGGAGACUCGUACCACUCUCUCAGCCUCUCCUCCUCCAAGUCCACCUCUCAGCUCACGUCCGCUGCUUACCGGGCAAACCGAUGCCGCCGCUCCGCCUCCACCAACAGCCGCAACGACAGCUGGGACUCAGUGAACACAGUGCCAGAAGACCCGGAGGAUAUCUUCUCCAGAUGCCCGCGAUUGCCGGAGCUCGAAGAGUUCCCCUGGACGGACGACGAGGUGGAGCUCGUGCUGCGUAAAGUCUCCGGAGCGCGCGAGCGCUCACCUUUCACGCGCGACACGGCGCGCGCGGUGUCCGCGCUGAUGCGCCGGCCGCUGUUGCGCGUGGCGCGCGAGGCGCAAAGACUGAGCGUCCUGCGCUGCAGGUGCACGCGCUACGAGGUGCAGAGCGCCGCGCGGAUCGUGCUGAGCUGGCCCCUCGCCGACGCGUGCGUCUCGGCCGCGGCGCGCGCCAUGUCCCUGUACAGCAUGAGCACAGGAGAGCUGCUGCGCAGGAGCAAGUCCUCGCGCUGCGGUCUCGUGCUGUCCGUGGGGCGCUUCUUCCGCUGGAUGGUGGACACCCGGGUAUCAGUGCGCGUCCAUGAGCAUGCAGCCAUCUGUCUAGCCUCGUGCAUGGAGACUGUCAUGGAGGAAGUCGGUGCCAGGGUGCUGACAGCGUGUGACGCGGGGAGUUUCGGGUGUCCGGUGCCCGCAGACGCUCUGGAGGCUGCAGUGAACGGCGACCCCGAGCUCUACGGACUCCUGCAGAACUACGAGCAUCUGAUCUGCGGGAAAAACGCUAACGGUGAGCUCUCCCUGCCAGCCCAUUUCAGCCCGUAUGCUGAGGGUCAUGGACCAGGCUCAGAAGGGAGACAGGAAGCGUGUGUUCAGGUGGAGGUGCGGACGCUGGAGCAGGCAUUGCUAGCUACCUGUGUGGGAAGCAUCUCAGAGCUGAGUGACCUGGUAUCCCGUGCCAUGCGCCAUAUGCAGCGUCUGCUCUCGGGAGGAUGCGUCCUCAGUCCUAGCCGUCCCAGCCACAAGCAGCAGCUCUCCUGGUCUUCCGAUGCUCUGCACACUCUUUAUUAUUUCCUGCGCAGUCCACAGAUGGAGUCCAUGGAGAAUCCGAACUUGGAGCCACCCAGGAUGGCCCUGAGCAAAGAGAGGCCGUUCCCUUUGCUCCCCCCUCUGAUGGAGUGGAUGCGCGUUGCGAUGGUUCACGCUGAGCAUCGGCGAAGUCUCUUAGUGGACAGCGAUGAUGUGAGACAGACAGCCAGGCUACUCCUGCCCGGACUAGACUGUGAACCCAGGCAGCUUAAGCCAGAGUGCUGUUUCAGCUCCUUUAAGCGUUUGGAUUCUAGGUCUGCAUUAGACAAGUUCAACCUGGACCUGGGAUUCCGCAUGCUCAACUGCGGGCGCACCGAUCUGAUUGGUCAGGCCAUCCAGCUGCUAGGUCCUGAUGGAGUCGAUACCAUGGAUGAUCAGGGCAUGACCCCUCUGAUGUAUGCAUGCUCAGCAGGAGAUGAAGCUCUGGUCCACAUGCUCAUUCAUGCAGGCGCUAAUCUGAAUAUAGGGGUCCCUAGCUGCUCGUCUAAACACCCGUCCGUUCACCCUGACAGCCGCCACUGGGUGGCGCUUACCUUCGCUGUGCUGUACGGACAUUUAUCAGUGGUACAGCUGCUGUUGGAUAUGGGGGCUGACGUAGAGGGCUGUGCUCACCAGGGUUCGGCAGAGACUCCACUCCAACUGGCAUCUGCUGCUGGAAACUAUGAGAUGGUCAGCUUGCUGUUGUCCCGUGGUGCUGACCCCAUGUUUCGAGUACACAGUGGGAGUUCUUUGACGUCCCUGUAUGAGGAUAUGAACUGCUUCAGCCAGGCUGCAGCACAUGGACACAGGAAUGUGCUGAGGAAGUUACUGAGCCAGCCCCAGCGACUGCAGGAGGAUGUGCUUUCUUUAGAGGAGAUACUGGCUGAAGGUGUGGAAGAGAUGCAGAGGCCAGACCAGCACUCUAUAUCCACUCCCAGUGCAGGGCUAGUCCCACCGCUGACCAAGGCCCGAAUCCGAGCCCUGCAGGAGGCCAGCCUUCACAGCGCAGAGCAUGGAUACCUGGAUGUCACCAUGGAGCUCAGAGCGCUCGGUGUACCAUGGAGGUUGCACAUGUGGCUGGAGUCUCUUCACACAGCACAGCUUCAAUCCAGAACCGAGUUAACGCUCUCCCUUCUGAGCGACUUCAGCUCUCUGUGGGAGGAGAAGCACUGUGAAGAGCUGAUCUCUGAUGGCCUUCCCCUACUCUUCUCCAUUUUCACCACCACCAAGAAUAAAGAGAUCCGCGAGAAGCUGGGAUGGGUGUUUAGCCACUGCUUCGGCUCUGCUCUCCUGCCUCCUAUUCCACUACUGAAGAACACAUCAGGAGCUCAGCUUGACAUCCAUUUCCUGAAUAACUCCGAGAUGUCCGAUGUGACGUUCCUGGUGGAAGGCAGGCCGUUCUACGCACACCGGGUGCUCCUCAUGUCUGCGUCACAGAGAUUUAAAGAUUUGCUCAGCUCUAAUGAAUCAAAUAGCACAGAUCAUAUCAUCGAGAUCACAGACAUCAAACACAGAACUUUUCAGAUGCUGAUGUCUCACCUGUAUGGUGGAGGAGCAGAGAACUCGAGUGCAACCAUCUCCGAUAUGUUAGAGCUGCUGCCAGUGGCUGACUCCUUCCAUCUGGGUGCCCUGAAGAGGAUGUGUGAGAGACACUGCGCUGAGCGAAUGACCAUCCAAAAUGCUGUGUCCAUCUACCAUGCAGCUGUGACAAGUGAUGCAGUGGAGCUGGCCGCCUUCUGCCAGAGCUUCUUCCUGAAGAACAUGCACACGAUGUUGCAGAGACAAGACUUUGAAGAGCUGCUGCUGGGACCUAAAUGCAGCGAUGCUCUGGAGGACCUGCAGGACGCGCUCAUCUCCAGGCUUCGCUCGCUCUCCAGCGCAGGUGAAGGGAAGCGAUAAUCUGACAGCCAGAUCUGGGACACGGACAACCAGGCAGCGUCUUCUUUCCUCCCAUCUCUCACUGCCUGUCGGAACUGACUCUAUCAGCUGGCUGGAGGGGCAUUUUAGAUAGAUAGAUUGAGAAGUGGACAUUUUAAGCACUGCAGGACAGAGUAUUAAAAGUCAUUGUACAAAAUACCGUAUCACUGUAAAUUACUACAUGGGUAAAUAUUAAAUUAUGCAAUUAAAUACUUUUCUGCAGAAAGGCACACAUAUGGUAUCCAUACAGCAAGAGUGCAGAGGUUAUACAAUAGUGCCCUCUAGUGUACAAAAUGUAAAUCAAGUACUAAUGUUUAAAAUAUGCAGGUUGUCAGAAAAGUCAGAAACCAUUGAGAUUAAAACUACCUAUACUUUAAUUUGGUAUUUAUUAUUUACAACAUAUAUGCAACUUUUCACCUUUAAACUCUCAAAAUACUCCCUAUGCUUCCUGACUUUUCACACCCUGUACAUGGUUUUGCAUACAUAACAUUUUUUAUACUGUAAAUAUGUAUUGUGUUUAUUACACAAAAGUCUUACGCUGGUACUUUGGGACCAUUUAAAAAAAAUAAUUUAUUGUUUAGAUUAUUUCUCUGUAAUCCAUGUAAUGCUUCAUUUCUUUAUAUUUAUUCAUUUAUUUCGGCAGUAGGACAGUCUUGGAAAGAAAAAAAAAGUUGUAGCACCUUAUUGAGUUUUUCUCGAUGAGGGCUUUAUGUAAAACUCAACCUGGGGUUUUCUCUUUCAGAAAAGGUUCCAACCUUCCAAGAACCAUGUAUCAUCCAAAGAACUCUGGAGGAACUAGAAGAGUGUAGUCCAGCAUUUAAUCAUUUCAUAUGUCAUUUUGUUAUUUACUUAUUAUUCUUGUUAAAUCGUUUUAUUCUGUAAGCGACAUGUAAUAUAAGACAUAACUAUAAUCAGCAGUGUAAAUCUGGACAUGGUGUUUAAAGGGCGACAUUUCUAAUCUAAAACCAGUAAGGCUUUAGUGUCAGUCCCAGUACUCCCACUAUUAAGCUCAGCUUCAUGCUUAGAAAAUAUCAUGUUCAAAUAUCAAAUAAUCCUCCCUUAUGUUAAUCGUGCUGGAUAAAAACAUCUGCCGAUUGUAAAUCAAAGUC